AUGACGGGCUUCAAGAAGAGCGCCAUAUUUGGCCUCCUCUCUUCCCUUGCGGUGACCGCUCAGAAGUUCACAAACCCAGUUAUCUGGGAAGAUCUUCCGGACAAUGAAGUCACCCGAGCAGGAGACGCAUACUACAUGACUUCCUCGACUUUCCACUACUCCCCCGGUGCUCCAGUUCAGCGAUCUUAUGAUCUUGUCAACUGGGAACACAUUGGCCACUCUGUCCCUGUUCUCGACUGGUCGCCUGAUUACAGUCUGGAGAAUGGUAGAAGAGCGUACGUGAAGGGCAUUUGGGCCUCAUCUCUGAGAUACAGAGAGAGCGACAAGAAGUUUUACUUUGUCGCGUGCAUUAGUGGUACUGGAAAGACCUUUGUGUACAGUGCUUCCAGCCCAAUGGGCCCAUGGACCAAAGGCGCGACGAUCAACAAGUGCUACUACGAUGCUGGAUUGCACUUUGAUGAGACAGAUACCCCAUAUGUUGCGUAUGGUCGUGACGAUAUCCACCUUGCACAGCUCAGCAAGGACAUGAACAGCGAAGUCAGAGAGCAGGUCGUGCUCAGACCCCCUCUGACUCUCGAGGGAGCCCGUCUCUACCAGCGAAAUGGAAGCUGGUACAUCUUCUUGACUCGUCCUCCGGAUGGACAAUACAUCGCCAGGUCCACCAGCGGACCUUGGGGGCCAUACGACAACCGCAUCAUCGCUGAUAGACUCAAACUCUCCAAUGUCCCAAGAGCUGGAUCUCCCCAUCAGGGAAGUCUUAUCCAGACUCAAAAAGGCGACUGGUACUAUAUGGGCUUUUCAGACAUGUAUCCCGGAGGCAGAUGCCCUGUACUUGCACCCGUUACUUGGAAGAGUGAUGGUUUCCCACAAAUCACACUUGUCAAUGGUGCUUGGGGCGACUAUGACUACCCUCUUCCCCGUCGAGAUGUUGCCAGUCCUAUCGGCACUGACAAUUUCCCCGGAAAUCAGCUCCGAGCAGACUGGGAAUGGAACCACAACCCUGUUACCAGCGGUUUUACCGUAAACAACGGCCUGACUCUUCGAACUGUUACCGUCACAAAGGAUCUGUAUCAAGCUCGCAACACCCUCACUCAUCGUAUUCGCGGUCCCCAGGGUCAGGCUACAGUAGUGAUUGACUUUUCACAAAUGGCUGAUGGUGACCGCACGGGUCUUGGUGUCCUGCGUGACCAGUCUGCGUGGAUCGGAAUUGAGCGCGAAGGCAACAGCUUCAAUCUCGUCAUGACAUCAGGUCUCACCAUGAAUACAGACUGGUCUACCAAGUCCACCGGUAAUGUGGUCGCGAGAACCAACAAUGUUUCAUACCGAAAGGUGUACCUUCGAGCGAAUGCGGAUGUGCGACCAGGACAGGCCGGUAGUGCCAAGUUCAGUUACAGCACUGAUGGAAAUAGCUUCACUAGCUUUGGAAGCACGCUCACAUUGGGAACUUAUUGGGAGUUCUUCCCUGGUAACAGGUGGAGUGUUCACAAUUACGCAACCAAGGGUCUUGGUGGUUCCGUCAAGGUUGAGAGGUUUGACAACCGCUAA